UGACAUUGAAAAGAGAAGAAAACAUUCAAGUUUAUGGCUUCUUACAGCUGAUGUUUUGACUUAAUUGCAAUUGUUGAAGGUAAUAGCACUAUUUAGUUUUGAGCUAUUUGGAACCAACAUGGAUGCUGUGUGCGACUUGGAGACGGAGGAAAAUUCAUAUGUGCUCUUUAAGCAAGAUAGCAUGUUUGCAGAAAGUUUUCCUUUAAUGAAGGAAAUCCGGAGACAGGGAAAACUUUGCGAUGUUACAUUGAAGGUGGAUAACCAUUCCUUUUCCGCACACCGGAUUGUUUUAGCUGCAACGAUACCGUAUUUCUACGCAAUGUUUACUCAUAACAUGGCCGAAAGCAGAAUCAAAGAAAUCACUAUGAAAGAGAUUGAACCACAUGCGCUAGAGGGUCUAAUUAAUUUCGCGUACAGCGGUGUAAUUAAAAUUGACAACCAAAAUGUUCAAGGAUUAAUGGUUGGUGCGUCUUUUUUACAGUUGAACAGAGUAAGAGAUGCUUGCGCCGAUUUUUUAAAAAGCAGAUUUCAUCCGCAAAACGUCCUAGGUAUUCGUCAUUUCGCAGAUACGCUAAGCUGCACCCAACUGAUUGUCUCGGCCGAUCGAUAUAUACAUCAAUAUUUCUCAAAAGUUGCUUUCUCGGAUGAAUUUCUUGCUUUGAAAUUUGAUGAACUAGUCGAUAUUGUACGACGUGAUGAGCUUAAUGUACCAUCUGAAGAAUGCAUUUUCGAUGCCUGCAUGAAAUGGGUAAAAUACGAUACAGAAAAUCGCGAAGGAUUUUUACCAAACUUAUUGGCAAAUAUAAGAUUGCCUCUGCUUUCGCCACAAUUUCUAGCAGACAGUGUUGCAACAGAGGAAUUGGUUCGAACAUCUCAUAAGUGUCGCGAUUUGCUUGAUGAGGCGCGAGAUUUUCAUCUUAUGCCCGAACGAAGGGCAUUAGUAUCAGCGUCUCGAACAAGACCGCGUUGCUGUGAUUAUGUAGUUGGACAAAUUUAUGCUGUUGGAGGACUAACUAAAAAUGGGGAGUCUGUCAGCACUGUUGAAAUUUACGAUCCGGUGUCCAAGGAAUGGAAAAUGGGUGAAGCCAUGUCAAUGUUGCGUUCUAGAGUAGGUGUGGCAGUUAUGGAUGGAAAGCUAUAUGCUUUUGGUGGAUUUAAUGGAACUGAGCGUCUAUCAACUGUCGAAGUGUAUGAUCCAUUGCACAAAAAAUGGAGUCAAGGAAAAGCAAUGCGUUGCAAACGAAGUGCGGUGGGUGUGGCUGCCCUGGAUGAUUUAGUGUAUGUAUGUGGAGGUUACGAUGGUGUAACAAGCUUAAGCACGGUUGAGUGUUAUUCACCAAAGACAGAUUCCUGGACGACAGUCGCACCUAUGAUGAAAUACAGAUCAGCAGGAGGAGUAGCUCCACUGAGUGGUUAUGUGUAUGCAUUGGGUGGUCACGAUGGUCUUUCUAUUUUUGAUUCCGUAGAACGAUACGACGUAACAACAAACACGUGGACAAAGGUCCGUUCAAUGCUGAAUCGGAGAUGUAGACUAGGCGUAGCUACAUUAGGUGGAAAAUUAUACGCGUGUGGUGGCUACGACGGAAGUUGUUUCCUUAGAUCUGUCGAGGUUUAUACACCAGAAAAGGACCAGUGGCAGCUUAUAGCACCAAUGAAUGUUAAGAGAAGCAGAGUGGCUCUAGCUGCGAAUAUGGGUAAAUUGUGGGCUAUUGGUGGUUACGAUGGCGAAUCCAAUCUGUCUACAGUAGAGGUUUAUGACCCCAAAACUGAUACAUGGACAUUUGUGGCCCCAAUGCGGCACCAUGGCGGAGGCGUCGGUGCCGGUGUCAUACCAAAUGUUAUAAAAUAAGAUCUUAUACAGUAUUUAAGUAUGGACAGCCAAAUCGUUUGUUUUGUUGCUAUUUGUUGACGUAUUUUUCUUUAUUUUAAAAACAUGGUGCAAUAGCUGCGCAUUCUUUGUGUUACGCUGGAAUGGUACAUUAUUCCUUUUUGUUUUGCUUAACAAGGAAUGGUAAUUGUUAAAACAAUGCUUUUCUUUUACGCUUUUUAAAUAAUCUUGCGUGUACCAAUCAACCCAAUUAUGAAAGCUAUGCAAAAAUGUAAGUCGCAGUGUGCGUAUGCGUGUCUACGGAUAAAACACAGGAUAAACUACAGAACAUUGUAUGACGACGUCAAAUUACACUAGUGAAUGGUUUAUUUACAUGAAUUUAUCACAUUCAGUGGGUUUAAUUUGAGUUUACGUGAAAGGUUCUAGUGUCGAAUGCUAUUUAUUUAUUUAUUUGCUUUUUUUAAAUGGGGCUUUUACGUGUCGAAUGCUUUAAAAUGCAUAUUAAGCACCUUUUCUUCCAGAAAAGCUAAACAAUUUGGACAAUUAUCUUCCGGGUGAAAAUAGAAAUCUUAUUUCAAAUUUUAACAUCAUGCAAGCAAACCACCCACGACUAGGCCGUCCCGUGCAACGCAAGACCAACAAUUGAAAAAAAGAGUAUACAAACCGAGUGAGGGAUAUUCUUAGCCGAACCUGCCAGCAUAGGAAAAUGAACUCUCACUUGGCUCAGAAAACCUGCCUGAUACUACCUUACGAAAUCUCUUGCUGUUGGGGAUAGACGACGAAACAAUUGCAGGGAAGAGGAGAGUGAGAGAGCACCUCGAAGAUGCCGUUGAUCAGCGGUAAUUACUGCAAUCGUGCCUAUCGCAUAUUCUCGCUUGUUGCAAUGCUUAGAUAGUUUUUCGAAGGUGUUUUUUUCUUCUCUCCAUUGCUUGCAGGCGUUCAUCGUUAAACUAGACAUUUUGUGCAUUAGGGGUUUCUUCAUCUAGCACCGCGGUUGUGACCUUAUUGACGAUAGAGCGUAUCUAUCCUCGAGGGUCGAAAGAUCUAGCUCCACAGAGGAAGGUAGAACUUCAUCUAGUAGGUGCGUGUAGUUCUUGGUAACUGGCGGGUUAUAUAAUUGCCAAAUGUCUAACCGAGGAGGUAGAGCCGGCAAACCUGUGCGGUCGCAUAGAGCUUCGGAGGGGCCUCGCGCUUUGUGAUGACUAAACAAAAAUGUUAAACAAAUUCUAGUGGACAAGCCCUGUCUGUAUACAACACAAUUGUCUGUUCCAAAAUAUUAGCAUGAUUUCCAUUGUUUCCAUUUCUCUUUUAACUAAAUGCAGAUUGUAAAUUGUUAAGAAAAAAUGAUGAAAUCAGUCCUCGCUACUUUAAAAUGAGUCGUUACAUAACGUGCCAAACGACUCGGCUCAGUUUGCACGCCGUUUGUUUACGGAAGUUUCAAUCAAAUGUGUACUUAACACAAUGAAAUCUCUGGGUCCGGAUGGUAUUCUACCCAUGUUUUUACAGAAAAUGGACGACGUUUUAAUGUCCGAGCUCAUCAACCUUUUUAGAGCCAAUUUCGCGUUGGGACCUAUCCCAGAGAAUUGGCGGAAAGUAGAGGUUGUGUUCAUAAGCAUAAGCAUAAGCUUGGAAUACCGCUCGUAUGCUGCUACUCCGUUAUUGACCAGGACCAAUGAAAAGUGCAAAAUGAUGCCUGCAAAAGCAUACUUGGAACAGCACGCUAUUCCUCAUCGUGCAUCCUUAUCAGGUCCCUGCAUGCUGAUCAAUACCAACGGUGACCACAUCCGAAUGCGGGUCCUGGUGAGAUGGGAAGGAAUGUUAGUCCAAUAUCUGUUGCUAUUAAAGAACAGGGAAUCCUCUGCAUCUUCACAAGUAUUUCGGGAAAGUAAUUGUUGUUAGUAGAUGGGGGAGCUAGAUGGAUAAAGUAAGUAUGCAAGCUCCAGUUACAUGCAACUAAGCUGGAUUUUCGAUAGGUUUCUUAUAUAGCCGGUAAUUACGAAAAUCACGAAAAUUAAGAUAUAAAACAUAUCCUUUUUUAUUAUAAAUCUAAUAUAAUGGUAAUGCUACUCAUAAACAACCAUAAUUUGUUAAUAUCGAAAACUACUAUGCACCUGCGAGAUUUACGGCUCGAAAACCGUCUGGCAAUUUAUUAUACCUGAAAACAAAAGCAGGCAUAAUGAAACGAGCCAAUAUAGUCCCUAAGUUGGUAAGCAUUUCCUCUCACCAACGCUAAUAUGCAGAGGAAUAGCGCCCUACACGCUCGGAAAGUAGAGGUUGUGUUCAUACUUAAGAAAGAUAUAAAAGAGAAAACCAUGCAUAAGACUUUCCGACCAAUAAGUCUGACAUCAACGCUUAAGUUGAUAGAAAAAAUCACAAAUCACAGGAAACCGCACUGCACUGUGUAGUAACGUUAACUGAGAAAUCACUCAAAUAUCAGGAAACGGAACUUUGUGCUUUCCUUGAUAUUGAAGGAGCUUUCGAUUCCACGUACUUCGUAAAAGUUAUUAUGACUCUCUUUCAAAACAGAAUCGGACACACUUCAAUAAGCUAGAUUUAAGCAAUGCUUUCGAGCAGAGCAAUCACAGCAUCAUUGGGAAAUGCAUCGUUCACGAUUUCGUUGAUUGAAGAAUGUCCACAAGUUCUCCCCCUUGCUUUGGACACUGGUGGCUGACGCACUCCUUCACUAGAUACCGCAGCUUGGUUAUGAGACUAUUGGGACUUAUAGGCCGUCAACGUAGAACUUAUUAUCAGAGAAGUUUGACGCAGUUUGAAGUUGUUUAUCAGGAUCUCAAAACACCACUGUGUUAUGAUGCUUACAACACGAGCUUAAUAUCACAAAAACAAUCGUUAGCAUUCACUAGGUGAAGAAAACGUAGUUUUCCCCUAUACUGAUUGGUGUCAGGUUUAAUUCCUCGGAAUAAUUCUGGAUAAAAAACUUAACUGGAGAUUAUGCUGUUAAGACAGCAUCCCGUUGGAAUCAAAUACAGGAUUGUAGACUAAACGCUUAAACAGUUUAUCUACCCAAAUUCUACAGUAGCUAAAAAACUCAACUUCGUAGUGAACUACGCACAAUCACGGGACUCCUAACUGGACUCAGCACCGCUCUUAUUUAAAGAAUAUCGGAUGAUACUCAAACCUGCCGCUUUUAUAACUCUGAACUUGAAAGUUCAGCGCAUCUACUCUGCAAUUAAGGUGUCGUUGCUUUAUCUAGGCAUAACUUCUCCGGAACAGUCCCGGCGUAGUGGUCAGCAUUCACGCCUCUCACGCCGAGGACCCGGGUUCAAAUGCCAACCCCGCAGAAGUCACGAAUGACAUAAGCUGUUAAAGUGACUAUAAUCUAACAAAAAAACUAUGCACAGGAGGCUUUGUGGAUACCUUUGCGGAAAAAAGUGCUUCUGAUCACCAGAUCUAGGAAAGCUGCAAAGUUGAUGCAUCGUUGGCCGUUCUCGCUCGUGUCGGUGUGCAGGCUGUGGGGUCCAAUUACCGGUCUAUACACUGCAGUCACUUUUUACGCGAGGGACAGUUUUCAAGUUUUCUAUGAAAUCGCAUAAAAAGCAACUCUUUUGCACUCCUGGCUUCUUAUGAAAAAUUAUUUACGUUUAGAACUUAUUUAAUUAUUUAUUUCUUUUUAAAUUGAUAUAUGAUUGCUUUUUAACGGAACGUGAUUAGAAUCAAAUCGAUAUUUUUUGGAUGCAUGUAAAAAAACGAAUAUAUGUAUCACCCUAAUAAGCGGAUAUACGAUCAUCCUAAAGAUCUAAAAAGAUGGCCUAUAUUUUAUAACUUCCCUAAAGACACUUGCAAUAAUGUUGCAAUUAUAUAAUGGCUCCGCUUGUUGACCCUUUUCAUAUGCUACUUCUUUGGAGUUUUAGUAUUAUUAUUUAAAUAAUUGUUCCUAGAAAAGGACAUGUAUCACUCUCGCGUAAAUGGCACAAUUCUUGUCAAGCAAAACUUAUACCGUGUAAGUAUACCCUAUAAGUUAUACGAAGUAGUUGAACCAGUGCUUUUAUUAUUUUUGUCGUAUUAACAUAUAUAAUUAUUCACUAAAGUUUUUAUGAGCGUCUUAGCGGAAUACGAACAUUAAAUGAAGGAAAACUUUCCGAUUGUAUACAUGUUUGUGGUUGGUCAUUUGAAUGUGUGUGGGCCGCGUGUUGAUAGGGCAAAUUUUUAUAUUAUUUACUAUUGUAGACGUAUCUUAAUUGAUGUUAUUUUAAAAGUAAGUAUAUAUUAGGGCAUUAGUCGGAUAAAAGAUAUAAAAAUGUUACGAAAAUUUGCAAUAAUUUAGAAAACUUUGCUAAUGGUUGUCAGGAUUAGAUUUAUAUACUGAUAUACCCUUUGACUAAUUUGUAUGUUCUGACGUUACUAUUAAAUCAUAUUCCACAUAUAGGGGACAGGAAUCAACAGUGAGACAAUGGGAAUAACUUCGCCAUAAAGCAUUCCAGAUUUAUGAUACUUUUCUGGAAAUUUGAGAACAAAUCUUAUGUUUUUAGUAUAUUUUCCAACACAUUUUUAGAAGGAUCAAAGUAGUUUUUAUUGCAGUAAUUUUCAUGUAAUUUUUAAUAACAAAAUGCAUAUCAAAUCCAAAUUAAAUCUCCUGCAUGGCAUCACAUAGUAGGUAAUAAGAUUCAAUAUUAAAAAAAUAAAACAAUCGAAUAAUGAUUAUCGAUAUUUCACUAUUUUUCCUAAAACAUUCCUUUUGGAAACAAUGAGACAAACUGACGUGGGUAACAUUGAGACAGUGCUCUCGCCAUACUAUUUUUUGUGCUGAAUUGCAAAUUAAUCCAUUGUGAAUUUGUGAUUGACUGUAAAUGGGGUUUUGAGUGUAAGUUUAAAGUCAAAUGACCAUCGUUUGGUCUUUUAUAUGUACAAAUAAUCGAAAGUUUCGACCAUACCCAACAAUAAUGUAUUGUAUCCUUGAUAGACACACUAAAUUACACGACCUUGAAAUUGUUCUUUAUAACCUAAAAAUAUGGUUUAACCCAUUAAGCCCCACACUUUUCCCAGCAGAGAUAGAAAGUUGAAACUUUCAGGAAAAUUCUCUUUUAGGUCAACUAAGAAAAAGCCGCUGACAUGUAUUUUUAAUUUUGACCCUGUGUCCCGGAACGCUACGUUGCGAAAACGCAACGCUGGGCGUUAAGGGUAUACCAUUUUUGCAUACCUUCAUUAUUGUGCAUAUAAAUACUUCAUACUUUUUUACCGUUAAAUCAAAUUUGGGAGUUUUUUUUUGUGAUUUUGAGUAUUAAUAAACAUUAAAUGAACGACUUAGAGUAUUACAUGUUAUGUUUUAUGAUAGAUAUCGAAACAUUUGGGUUGGAGGCCAUCUUUGCACUCGUCGCAUAGUAUGCAGUUUGAAUGCUAAAUGCAUGUCAUCGCAGAUGAUUAAAUGCCUACCAACACGUUCCGGAAAGGUUGUAACAUUAAAUUUGGGUCCAUGAAACUGUCGUUGCCAUCACUCAAUUCCUGCAGAUAUUCCGGAGGCAAAGGUACUUUAACAAUUUUAUUACGCUCUUAUCACAACGGCUUCUCCAUCUGCCAUCAGUGUUUGAAGCUGCGAAUUCUAUGUUAUGUAAACUUUUAUAAUGUUUCCGGGAUAUUUUAAAUAAGCGAAAGAUAAGAUUUAUAUUCAUUUGUUUACUAAAAAGCAACGACAUCAAAUGAAGCACCGCAGCGAACGAACGAAAACAAAUGUUCCCGUUGCAAAUUUUGAAUAACGUUACUUCCUAGCGUUGCGUUUUCGCAACGCAAAACUUUAAACCUAUCUUAAAAUUACAAAAAUAAUCAAAAUUAUGAAACAAAGUUUUUUUUUGGUAAGCAACCGAUUCUAACUAACACUGAUUGAUAGAUCAGGUGUUAAUAGAGGUAAAAUCGAAUUUUAUGAGCAUUUUUCCUUAACUGUCUGAAAAAUAGCAAAACCUGUUGUUUUGUCACAGCUGUAAUUAUGUUACAUGUAACAUCUGACCUUUGAUCAAAAACAGGUCGAUUAGUAUUUUUUCCAAUCUUUAUUUCUCAGGGUCCAAGUUGAUACCUUCAACCGGGCCGUCUCUAGAAACGAAUGAAAGUGCGUUGCGUUUUCGCAACGCUGGGAGGAAAUGGGUUAAAUUGAGUUAAAACGGGUGUCUCACUUACUCAUUAUCUCACUCUUCCCACCUAUUGGCCAACAGUGAGACAAAAUGGCUAUUUCUCAUUUGUGGUUAUAACCUUAUAACUAGUUUAACAGGGACAAUGGCUUGCUUCUGGCGCUGGUGUACAUUAAAUCGUGCAUAUAAACUAGCGCCAGAAGCAAGUGGUUUUUACUCAAAACUAGCUAUCUUCAAUGAUCCAUUGAAGAGCUCGUUGGUAGCUAUUAUCAAUUUUGUUUUUUAAAUUUUUGGAAAAAAGUGUCUCACUGUAGAGAUCUCUCCCCUACUGAAGUUUCUAUUUUACUGCAGAAAAUUUGAAGUAUUUAUUACUAGACCGGACUUUAAUACAUGUGUGAAAACCUUUCAGCUUAUCAAUAGUUCAAUAGCACAUUUCUUCAUAAUUCGAAAUUUCGUAUUUUCGAAUUCAAUUCUUACCAUUUUUCCCACUAUUUAUGUAUACCCGGUGUAUUUUUAUUAUUCUAGUCUCUAAAUGUUCAAUGAAAUAUAAACUUGGAUUAGACGCGGCAUUUAAUGUGAUAAAGAUUUUUGAAUCAUGUCCAAUAUGUUUAACUACGAAUUUAGAUGUAACUUCGAUUGUUGUAUUAAAGCUUAUUAAUAUUAAAAUUAUAUUUUCGAAAUGUAUCUACUUAUUAACUA